AUGGACUGGCCGUCGACGCACCCGUUGCGGGCUUACCAACCCGAAGAGAUCACCGCCCAAGAGUUCAAAUCUGCCUUGGAGAUCAGUCUUCGUAACUAUUACGAUGCUGAACACACACAGAACUAUAAUAGAGUGAUUGUGCUCACAUUCUGCUGGGAUAUCGACUAUAGCCGCCGCGCGAGAGUUGGACACUGGACCAACCAACUUGGCGAUGCUUUCCAGCACUUAUACGGUUACGAAGUCUUGCAUACUUCAAUACCGGCGUUCGCGCCCAACCCGCACGGCAUCUUCUCCGACGUCGUGAGGGACACACUGUACGGAACGCCAUACCAGCCUCGGCUCGGGAGAGAAACCCUCGUGAUCAUCUACUACGUUGGGCACGGCAGGGUGAUGCCAGCAGCACCCAACGAUGAACCGAGCCUCCUUCUACACCCAAGCUGGCCACCCACAGUCUUCGACCAACCACCUCAACCUAUCGGUUCCUACCAUUCCCAAGACGUCCCUCGAGUAUACUUCACGAAUAUCCGCCGAGAGUUGAUCGACAGCGCCGAGCCAGACGUGCUAAUGCUCCUUGACUGCCCUUAUGCUGGCCACACGGGCGCGAUCGGGCCCGGCAAAGAGAUCAUCGCAGCUUCAGUCCCCGACCACCUCGCCUGCGCCGACGGCUGGCGAUCGUUCUCUGCCUGCCUCGUCUACCACCUCCGGCUCGCAGCGACUAACAAGCAUAUCCUAACGGUGCCGCAGCUCUACUCGAGACUGGCCACCAAAUGCUUCACAUUCGACGUGCACGGCGAGGCCGAAUUGGCGUCCAUGCCCGUUCACAUCCAACAACACUGCAACACACCCCGCGUCCCCAUUUACCUAGGACCGAUCUUGCCGGCAUUCUGUUGGUAUUCUGGUCGAGUCAGCCUGUAUAUGUCCCAGCCAGCUAUAGUUGUGCUGAGCGUACGCCUGCGAGACGCAGAGAGCAUCAUCCUAUCUGAUUUGACUCCGUGGAUGAUGAUGUCGCGCCUGGACAAUAUCGACAGAGUGAAGUUCGAGCGCGCAUACCCCACAGUCUCAGGGACGGAAAUACUCUUCAAGGCUACGUUUGAUGUCUAG